AUGCCACGACCGCAGAAUUGUGGAGACAAGUGCGGCGAAUUACAUAAUAUAAAUUAUGGAUUACCACCACUUACGGAAUUUUACAUCCAAAGAUAUCCCCUUCCUUACGAAGUUAAAGUCGAAUUGUAUAAUUCAUCACUUUGGAAAAAAUUUAAUGCGGAAACUACGGAAAUGAUUAUAACGAAAAAUGGCAGACGAAUGUUUCCAUCCGUAGAAAUCACUGUGAGUGGAUUGAAAGAACAAGAUAAUUACUGUAUACUAUUUGAAUUGGCACCUGCCUCAGAUCGCCGACAAAAAUAUGUCAAAAAUGGGGAAGGCGGCGAUGAAACGGAUGUUAAAAGUUUCCAACAACCUGCCAUGAAAGGCUGGAUGCCGACGAGUUUUGCGGAACCACAACCAGUACUUAAUCGAAGGAUAUUACUACAUCCUGAUAGUCCAGCUUCUGGAGAUCAUUGGAUGAAACAAAAGCCGAUUAGCUUCAGCAAAGUUAAAAUCACCAACGAUACUUCUAGCAAUCAACAAAACCAAAUACUCUUGACAUCCAUGCACAAAUAUCAAGCUCGCAUUUGGAUCAUCAUGUGCGACAAUUUAUUACAUAUUAAAGAUUAUCAUUCUUAUCCUUCGGCAUUCUUCACACUCAAAGAGACAGAAUUUAUUGCAGUCACUGCUUAUCAGAACGAAAAUAUAAUACACUUAAAAAUCGCCAAUAAUCCAUUCGCAAAAGGUUUUCGCAAAGAUGGCCAAUCUCGAUGCAAAAGAAAAAGUCUGAAGGAAAACAAUGUCGCAGGAGAUUGUAUAAAAGAAGAAAAAGAUAAUUCGACAGAAAUGAAAGAUUAUUCGUCAGAUGUAGAAAAAAUAGAUGUUAUGUUCUUAAAAGCGAACGAACAAUCGCAAGCAUCGAUGAACAAUUCAUUGAGUACCGACAGUUAUGAAUUAAAUAAUAAUCAAGAAAUUCCCUCUAGUUCUUUAUCAAAUACUACAUGUAAUAGUAGAAACAAUGACAAAAAAACUCAACCACAAUUUCAUCGACCUUGGACAGAUAAUCACGAAAUUGAAAAGUCUGAUAUAUUUUUACCGUUAGCCAAUGAACCAACUACUCUUGUUCCACCAAGAUAUUAUGUCCGAUUCAAGAAUCACAUUCAUUAUUCACAUUUUCAGGAUAGCUAUAAGGACUGUUCAAUCUUAUUGGAUAUAUUUUUAUAUUAA